AUGUCUGCCGUUGGCGCAUUAAAAGGAGACAUGCCGCAACAAGUCCGAUCUCUCUACCGCCAAUUAUUACGGCAGGGCAACCAGUUCACCGCCUACAAUUUCCGUGAAUAUGCGAAGCGACGGACGAGAGAUGCGUUUCGAGAGCAUGUGGCCGUGAACGAUCCACGAAAGAUUCAGGAAUUGGUGCAGCAGGGCUUGAAGGACCUCCAGGUGAUGAAGCGUCAGACUGUCAUCGGCCAAUUCUACCAGCUGGAUCGCUUAGUCGUUGAGGGCGGCAUCUCGGGAAAGAACAACAGCGAGGAGAGUGCGGUCUUGAGGCAGAAGCAACAAGGGUAA